AGACUGCAAGCACAAAGGAAAUUUGCCCAGUCACAGCCCAACUCCCCCAGCACAACCCCAGUCAAGAUGGUGGAUCCAGUCUUGCCACCACCUGCAACGCAGAUUAUUGAUCUUUCAAAACGAAAGCCCAAAACAGAGGAUUUCUUAACUUUUCUUUGCCUUAGAGGCUCUCCUGCCCUGCCGAACAACAUGAUGUAUUUUGGAAGUUCGCAGGAUGACAUUGAUGAAGUAGAAGAAGAUGAUGAAUAUGAAGAUGUCAAAACACUUCCAAACAAUGCUUCAUCUUCAUGCCAUUCAACACCUAGGAAAGGAAAACCACAGGGUAAACAAGUCCUCAAUGGUCAUGUUUUGAAUGGUUCCAGCAAGCUUUUGAGAGAGAAAGAAUCUAUCCAGAAACACAAAGGAAAAGAGGCCACGCCAGGGAAGGAGAAGAACAGUGACCAAAAGGUUGAGUGCAAGAAAGAGCCGUGUUCAACAGGGACUGCUGCUAAUUCUUCAUUAAUGCGCAGCUCAACAAAAGACUCUGCUGCUAAUGGCUCAGCUGUUACGAAACCAUCUCAGGAGCUCCGAACACCACAGGUUUCAAAGGGGGUGAAUGGUGAUGCCCAAACUCUAUCGUUAGGCGCAACUGCAUCUAGUGCCAAAAAGAAUAGGGAGGUCAGACCAUCACCAGCCAAACCUGUGAAGUACACUGCAACGGUGACAAAAGGAAAUGUUACAUACACCAAAGCCAAGAAAGAACCGGUUAAGGAAACCAAACUGAACCAUGUCAAUUCCAGUGUAGCUGUUAACCAUACAAUCUCAGGGAAAACUGAAAGCAGCAAUGCAAAAUCAAGAAAACAGGUGCUAUCCAAUGGAACGUCCCAUUCAAAUGGUGCUGCCCUUAGCUGUGUUAAAUUAAAUGGAAAGAUGAAUGGGAAAACAUCAGCGAAAGUUGAAGUCAGAGAAUUUAAAGAAGGACUGCGGACCUCCAAGAGGAGGCAUGAGGAGGUCAACCAUAUAGUGAAACCACAGUCACCUUCAAAAAGAGUGAAAGCUAACACAUGUACAGCAGGAGCUAAAGACAAUAAAGCAAAUACAAAAGAAAAAACUUUACCUAAUGGACGAAUAAAGUAUGAAACACCAGUGAAAAACAGUGAAAGACAGAGGCUUAGGAAGGCAUCCUUAGGUAAGAACACCCCAAACAAACAAGCACAGAGCAAAUUGGAAAGUGCCUCCAGUGAAAAUAGUUCUACCUCAGCUACAGAGUCCUCGCACAAGCCACAAGACUCUUCAGUAAAACAGGAGAAAGGCACCAAGGUUGGCAUGGCACUGGUUGGAGAAAUUCCCAUUCUCAGGCCUACCCAGAAGGAGUUUCAUGACCCAUUAGUUUAUGUGGAAUCUGUCCGACCUCAGACGGAGAAGUAUGGCAUGUGCCGGGUGAUCCCUCCCACUGACUGGAGACCCGAGUGCAAAUUGAAUGAUGAAAUGCGGUUUGUGACUCAGAUUCAGCACGUGCAUAAACUGGGUAGACGCUGGGGACCCAAUGUACAACGACUAGCUUGUAUCAAGAAACAUCUUAGAUCUCAGGGCAUUACUAUAGAUGAGCCCCCACUCAUAGGAGGAUGUGAGCUGGACUUGGCCCGAUUUUAUCAGCUGAUCAAUGACAUGGGCGGCAUGCAGCAAGUGACUGACCUCAAGAAGUGGAAUAAAUUAGCAGACAUGCUGCGAAUUCCUAAAACUGCACAGGACAGGCUGGCCAAGUUGCAAGAGGCCUACUGCCAGUUCCUACUUUCCUAUGACUCCCUUUCCCAGGAAGAGCACAAGAAGCUGGAGAAAGAGGUAUUAAUGGAAAAAGAGAACCUGGAGAAGAGGAAAGGGCCCUUGGAAGCACAUUCAGACAGCACAUACAAGUCUCAGUCACUGCCCAGGUUUGAGCCAAAAAAUGGGCUGGUAAAUGGUGUGGUGCAUAAAAAUGGCUUCCGGAAUAAGCUUAAAGAAAUAGACACUGAAUUGAAAACAGGCAGGCGGCGAUUGUUUGCUCAGGAAAAGAAGGAGAGUGAAGAUGACGAAGUUCUCAGUGAUUUGUACAAGUGUAUAUAUAAGGGACGAUCUGUGUCACUGACUACAUUUUAUCGGACAGCUAGAAACAUGAUGAAUAUGUGCUUUAGUAAGGAACCAACAGCAGCUGAAGUGGAGCAAGAAUACUGGAGGGCUGUGGAGCAGAAAGACUCCCACGUAGCAGUGCAUUCUGGAAAAGUAGACACAAAAGCACAUGGCAGUGGGUUCCCUGUUGGGAAAUCAGAACCUUUUUCAAGGCAUGGAUGGAACCUUACAGUCCUUCCUAAUAAUUCAGGGUCCAUCCUGCGACAUUUUGGUGCUUUGUCAGGAGUGACGAUUCCUUGGCUAAACAUUGGCAUGGUUUUCACUACCUCAUGCUGGUCACGAGACCAAAACCACCUUCCGUACAUUGACUACUUACACACUGGUGCUGAUUGCAUUUGGUAUUGUAUUCCUGCUGAGGAGAAGAGCAAACUUGAUGAAGUGGUGCAUACCCUGCUGCAAGCUAAUGGCACAUCAGGGCUGGAUAUGCUUGAAAGUAAUAUAAUGAUCUCUCCAGAGGUCCUGUGUAAGGAGGGGAUCAAAGUGUGUCGUACUGUACAGCAGAGUGGCCAAUUUAUUAUAUGCUCCCCAGGAGCCUUCGUCUCCAAAGUGUGUUGUGGCUACAGUGUUUCAGAAGCUGUACAUUUUGCAACUACCGAAUGGUUAAAUAUGGGCUAUGAAGCUGCUAAGGAUUUGAAACGGCGGUACAUUGCUAAUGCAUUUUCAAUGGAAAAAUUACUUUACCUUAUUGCAACAGCAGAGUCGAAACGAGAAAGUGGGUCAACACUAAGCCACAUUUCUUCACUUUUGAAAGAACUCAGGGAUACAGAGUCGAGACAGCGGCAGCAGCUGCUUGAUGCGGGUUUGCAUUCAUCAGCUCGCUAUGGUAGCCAUGACAGCCACCUCUCCAUGAUGGAUAUGAAGAAAAAACCACGGAAAUGGUUAGCCUCAGAAACAUCAGAGAGGAGAUGCCAAAUCUGCCAGCAGUUGUGUUACCUAUCCAUGGUAGUACAAGAAAAUGAGAAUGUUGUCUUCUGUCUUGAGUGUGCUCUUCGCCAUGUAGAAAAGCAGAAAUCUUGUCGGGGAUUGAAGAUGAUGUAUCGCUAUGAUGAGGAUCAAAUAAACAAUUUAGCCAAUCAAAUCUGUGGAAAAGCAGCAGCUAACAGCAGCGACAACAAUACAAGUACCAGCAAGCCUGCACUGAAAAGAGGGCCUCGAAAACGAGCGACCAUUGAUGUGCCAGCAACUAGACUUUCGUCCUUGUCCAGAAGUGCUACAAGUUCCCCAUGAAGUUGCCAAGUCUUGUACUCAGUUGUUCUUUUUGUACUAUAAUUUGUGAGUACUUGCUAGAAGAAUGCAAGCUGUCUUUGCACUAGCUCUAAAGAUUACUUCUGUUUUGUUUUUUAGGAAAAAGUUUGUUUUAGCAUUAAAAUGUUGGCUUAUUUCUUUUAGGAACACCAGACACUGCAGUUGGCAGUAUUCCUUGGAAUGCAGUAGAGGUGUUUUCAUUCACUGUUUUAAAACCAAGUCAAAGGGCUGAACAGUAAUCCAAGUUUGCAUUUGCCCUUUUGGCUGAAGCAAACCUCUUUAAGUUUGAUUUUUUUUUGUUACUGUGAACAGGUGGGAUGUUUUAAACCCGUUUGAACUAGGUUGAAGUUAAGUGCUGUGUGUUUUAUCUUGCAAUUUCAGUCAUGCGAGCAGCUUUUUGGAGGAAGGGAGAGGUAAAACUUGAAAGAAACUGCUUCAGUUUGGCUAAAUUUUAUGUUUUUGGUUAAGUGUAAGCUGAAAAGUUUGCUUUUCUAUUUAGAAAAUUGUUCUAUUGUUUUUAGAGUCAUGGCAGCUGAUACUUGAUCUGGUUUACAAAGUAUAAUAGUGGUAAUUUUGAAAGUAAAGUAAAGGUGAUAUUUUUCUCCUUACCAGCACAUCACUAUGCAUCUGUAAUAAUAAGGCUGCCUGGCUGGAGGAAAUUGUGCCUGACUUUCAUUAGCAAAUCAUAAAGUUUUUGGUGCUGUCAAUCAUUUUACCAGAGAACCCUACAGUGGUGUCCUUUAUCCAAUUAUUGAAGCAGGGCUCCCCUGUUUCGCCUUUGUAGAUGUGCAAUCUUUGUGACAUUCCAUUUUAAUUCCACUUUCAUCUCUAUGUUCCUUCUCCAUUCUUCCUUUUUUGAAUCAGCAUUAAUGUUCAGUUCAUUGAUGAGAUGGUCACAAUGGAGAGCCACUAGAGGAUGUGCAUAUUUCUUUGUGAAAUGUGAAAAUGCAUCUCCUUCAUUUCUAUUCGUGUUAUACUUUCCAUAUUUGUAAAAAAAAACAUUAAAGAAGAAAAAAAUAAAAAAAUAAAAUUUGUAUAUAUGCCUGUAAAUUGUUUUAAAUACUUGAGCCUUUUGUGGGGGUGGGUUGGGAUGGGGUGGAGAAACAAGAGAUGAAGAAAAGCCUUAUGUUUCAGUUUCUUCGUCGGUUUUGGACGCUUACAGGGUUUCUUGUAACAUUUAAGUGCUGCUUACAUCACUGAACAAAUAAUGGUGUAGCUGUUGCCCCUUUCAGUGUAUUUUAUUAAUAAAAAGGGAAACAUUUGUUCAUUAUAAUUAGUUUUCAUUGCUGAAAAUGCAACAUUAAUUGUAGCUACACAUGUUGCACUGAGCUUGCCAGUGGUGACUGUCAAGAAGUCAUUUUAUUUUUUUCCCAGUUGUUAGUUGGUUGUUGUUGCUGCAGAAGACCGAACUGCUUGGAGUAUUUAACAACAUAACUGAUUUCAAGUGUUUUUCAAAUGUGGUUGUCCAGUUUUUAUGGCCUUACUAUGUAUUUUUGUUGUUUCUUUGAGAGCAGACAUAUUUGACUAUUGCUUACUGAUUGAUUGACAUUUAAUUUAUUAGUUCUGCUCUGCACCUUUCCUUUCUGUGCGGAAAGUUCACAUUGUAAUUGCAAGUGUUUUUUUACUUUUCAGGUUUGUACUUAAAAGUUUAAUAAAACUUUUGAGCAGUUUCCUGUGAA